UUAAUAAAACUGAAAGUACUGAAAUAAUAGCUGCAGAUGAAAGUCUUAUUAUAACCACCACGGAUGAAAGUUCUGAGAUAACUAUUGUGAAUGAAAAUACUAGUACAAUUUCUGUAAAUGAAGGCUCUGAAUCAACUAUUAAUAAAAAAAAUGUAAAUGAAAUAGGCUCCAAUCAUAG